AUGGGAAUUACAAGUAAUAUUUUAGAACAUUUUAAAUUAAAAUCAGAAGUUAAAUUGAAUGAAAUACAAGAAGAAGAAAAUAAUGAAGAAGAAGUUGAUGAAAACAAUGAAGAAGAAAAAAGUUUUAUUUGGGAUGAAAAUAUUUUACCUUUAACUGAUUAUUUAAAAAAUCAAACAAGGGCUAAUAAGUGUAAAAUAGAAGAAAUAUCUAAUCUUUAUUAUAAACCUUCUAAGAUUAUUUCUAUUGCACAUGCUAUAACAUUAGAAUUAUUAAAGAAGUUAUCUGCUAGAGAUUUGAUUGAAUAUGAUGGAAAGAAAAAAUCACUAAAUAUUACGUAG